AUGCUCAUCUUGCUCCUCCUCAUGUCCCUCGCCUCCCUCGUCCCGAGCAUCGUCGCCGAUCCCUUCCACACCCCGGUCCUGCUUCAGCCCAGCGUCAUGGAAACAAUGGUACUGCCCUACCGCGAGGAGUACACCGGCGUUGCUCCAACAGGCACUGACUGCCCGUGCUGGACUGCUGAGCUUGAGGCGUACCAUCAGCUGGUUCACCCGCUCGCCUGGGCGAACAUGGGCGUAGACGAUGUCAUUGACGCAGCCGCAUUGAAGGCUCUGAGUAUGCGCAUUGCUGCGCUUGAGGACGAGACGGCGCCGCCGGUCUCUCUUCUGGGCAUUCAUGUCGCCCGCACGCGGUAUAUCGAACACCAACGGCGCACGACAUCUGCGUCCUCGACCUCCGAAGUACUCGCAGCGCUUCCCGGACAAGGAGAGUUCACGCCGCCACCUGCUGAACCUUACUCGCUCUGGCCGAUCUUCGCUCUCCCUCCCCCGCCGCUUGACGCCUCUCGCCUUGUGACUCUGUGGAACUGCGACGACUGGUCCCGCUUCACAUUCCCCGCUCCGCCUCCCGUCGCCAACUCAGCCGCUGCCUUUGCGACUGAGGACAGUCUGGGCGGUACGAGCCUCGCCGUCAAGCCGUGCUCGUCUGUGGCCAACGCCACUCUCGAGACCGCGUCGUGGACUGCGCCUGUUAUUUCGACGCCGGCUUACGAGCUUCGACAGCGCCAUCCGCAAAAGGCGCAGAGCACGAAGUAG